AUGGCACCAUUUCCAGGGUCUUGCAAAGCUUCCAUUACCAGAUUCUUCUACGACGGUUUAAUUUGCCGUGCUUAUAAAUGGGGCGGAUGCGCAACAAAUUUCAAUAACUUUAAAACCCGUGAAACCUGUGAACGCAGCUGUCAUGCUAGCUGUGCAAGUUAUGCGUUUUUUGUUAAUGAAACGCGUGUUGAAGGCGAAGCAGCGAGAAAAGGCGAACGAAAAAAAGCAGAAGUAAAUUCAAUGCCAAGCAGCAGUCACUUGAACCAACCUAAAGAGAAGCAGAGUUGA